AUGGCUUCGGAAGGACCGGUACUUAUCCAAUGGAUCGUUGACACGCGCAGUCUGUGGCCCGAGGCCACAAAGACUGCGCAGCUUGAGGACGUGGCGCCGCAAUAUCUCGCGCUCCUGACACCAGAAGAACGGACAGGCGUACUAAAGUACUACUUUGUCCGCGACGCCAAGAUGUCCCUUGCGUCCCAGCUACUGAAGCACUACGUCGUUAGCAAAACCCAGGGAAUUCCCUGGGCAUCGACCAAGCUAACGCGCGACUCGCACAAGAAGCCGAUCUACCUGAGCCCGUCCGGGGAGCAGCCGGUCUAUUUCAACGUAUCGCACCAGGCGGGUAUCGUGGCGCUGACUGCCGUGACGGACUACCCCGCUGGCUUCGGCCCGGUCGACGUCGGCGUGGACGUCGUCUGCGUGAACGAGCGCGCAGAUCGGGACCAUAAAAUGAUCCAGACGCAGGGCUGGGGAACAUUCGUCGAUAUGCAUGCCGACGUCUUUGGGCGUUCCGAGGCUGCGGAUCUGAAGGAUGUCUCACUAGCAGGACAGCCGCGUCAUAUCAUCGAUGCCAAUUUGAGGAAGUUCUACGCGUUAUGGUGUCUGCGCGAGGCGUACGUCAAGAUGACUGGCGAGGCCUUGCUGGCCGAAUGGCUGAACGAUCUCGAGUUCAAAUCCUUGAGAGCACCAGUGCCGGCGCUUAACGAGGUCCAAACGGCUGGAGACGCACAGGACACAAUCAUCAGGGAACACGAGGUGUUGUUUAAGGGGAAGAAAGUCGACGACGCAAAUAUAUGCCUUAGAUCCCUUGGAAAGGACUAUAUGACAUGCACAGCAGUCAGAACGCCCAAAGCAAAGGAUGACGCGCUCCGCUGGGACUUUGGGCCGUUUGAGACGAUUGAUAUCAGCAUCAUAUUGGAACAUGCGGAGACAAUGGGAAGCCUUCAAGGGUCGGGAUUGUGA